CACGAACGAAGAAAACCAACGAAUUACGUUGCACACGAGAGAUCGUCUAACGAUUUCGUUCAAUAAAAAAUGGCAAUUGCUGCCUAUUUAAUUUGACAGUGUUUUUGUACUACUCCCCAUGAACGUUAUCUGUAUCAUUUACUAUGGAUUGGUGAAGUAGAGUAGAUUUCAGGAUCAUGAUUUUCUGUUAGCUUGCUAAUGUGCCACUAUAGCUACAAGUAUGGCACUGCAAAAGCAUGACGACAUUGCCCGUGAAAAUGUUGAACUGUCUGGAGAGGAGCCCCGGGACGGAUUGUCAUGUUUCGACCCACCUGUACAAAGAAAAUCUACUGCCAGAACUUUGACUUUGGAAGAAAUUGAGAAACUGACAGGCGACCAGACUUUAGUGUCUGAUUUCAAGCAGAUGAAGUUGGAAAAGGAGGCACAGAAAAACUGGGACCUGUUCUACAAAAGGAACACUACAAAUUUUUUCAAGGAUAGGCAUUGGACCACCAGAGAGUUUGAAGAACUGAAAGCCUGCCGGAAGUUUGAAGCCCAAAAGCUUGUCCUUCUUGAGGCUGGCUGUGGGGUUGGGAACUGCAUCUUUCCCCUCCUGGAGGAAGACCUCAACAUUUUUAUAUAUGCUUGUGACUUCUCGCCACGAGCUGUGGAGUUUGUGAAGCAACACUCCCUGUACUGCCCUGAGCGCUGCACUGUGUUCCAGUGUGACCUGACUAAAGAUGACCUCCAGGUCGCCGUCCCCAAGGACACUGUGGAUGUGGCCACGCUCAUAUUUGUCCUCUCAGCCAUCCACCCAGACAAGAUGCAGCAGACUCUGAACAACAUCUACAGGGUUCUGAAGCCAGGGGGCGUUGUUCUGUUCAGGGACUAUGGUCUGUACGACCAUGCAAUGAUGAGGUUCAAGGCUGGGAACAAACUAGGAGAAAACUUCUAUGUUAGACAGGAUGGCACCAGGUCUUAUUUCUUCUCCAGAGAGCUCCUUGCUGACCUGUUCAAAGUGGCGGGUUUUGAGAGUGUAACUAAUGACUACGUGCUACGAGAAACAGUCAAUAAGAAGGAGGGGCUUUGUGUCCCCCGGGUGUUCCUUCAAAGCAAGUUCAGAAGACCAGCCCAAUUGCAGAGCUCCUAAAGUCCCUUGCCUCAACCAAUGUUGCUGCAUAUAUAACCCAGUGGGAGGUGGGAAAUGACCAGUUCGGAAGUAAAUACAUGUCUGAUGGAUUCAUGCUUUGAAUUCCUUAAGAAACGCUGAUUGGCUAAUAUCCAACAAACGGUUCAACCUUGCCUGAUGACUGAACUGUUCAGCUGCCCUGUCAUUCGCUACAUAUUUCAGUCUGAGUCUCCUUCCAGUGCAGUCCAUUAGGUCAAGUAAAGGGGUGUUUUACUAAACAAAUAAUCAGCAAUUGGGUCAUGUCUGAUCAAUCAGAGAAUUAAAGCCAAUGACGACUUUUUGAAAAUGUUGUUUUGCCGUUGUGUGUUCUGACCAGUUUUUGGGAACAAUCUGAUGUUUAUUUUUUUCUUGCAGCAAAGAUCAGGUUUCCUUUCAUUAACUUGGUGUAAAUGGUCAUAUCAUGGUAUGGCUCUUAGUGGGUGAUUUCAGACAUCAUCAUGUGGGGAAAUUCAGAUUUUAGUGGUCAUUUACUCACUAGUAAUUAUCUCUUUUGAGAGCCAUUCCUGUUUUCUGUCAUGUGUGAUAAAUUCAUACUUGGUUAGAAACACACCAUAAAACUGUCUACCUCACUGAAAGUCUGAAUUCGUCCCAUGUAAACAGACAAAAUUGGACAAAUGCAUACACUGCUGGUUCGAUGAGCAAGUGUGCAGUUUGGAAUAAGCCUUUCUUUAUAAAUAAAACAAUUUGUUUAUCUGA